GUUAUGUACCCAGGAACACCCCGCUGAGUUGUAUGCGGUCUUUCGGUAUCAUUUCCAGGGAAAUAGUUUUUGUUGGGUCAGGGUGAGGCGUGUCUGCUACACCGGAAACAGUUAGCGUAAACAUUAAAUCGCUUUAACAAUGUCCGUGGUGGUUGUGAACACGCAGGGCUGGGUUUUGGACGCACACUCACUCAUUGAUAAGGGUUAUUCGCGUUGCAUCCGACUGAGAGAUAAUAAUAAUCAAAAGUCACAUGUGGAGUUCUGUUUUAAAAGCCGGUGUUUUCAGAUUUUAAAAAGCCAUUUGAGUGAGAAUGCCAGUGCUGCUACGGAUGGAGGAAACGCGGAUACGUUGCAGAAAACAGACAAACCCUCAAAGAAAAGGAAACGCAGUGAACUCAACCAGGGGGAAAUUGAGUCACGGGCCUUCCAUGAGAAGAUCAGGUCUGCCAUCCUGAAGGGAACCAAGUCUUUGGUGGACUCUGCCCGAUCCCUCGGAUAUCUAAACAGUGCGACAGACGCAGUGAAAGAGCCUCUUCCCUCCUCUCGGGAGUGCAGGCUUGCGGCUCUUUGUGAAAUGGCAAAAGAACUUCCUCUAGUGGACGAUGAGCAGCAGGAGGAGUGUACUCAGUUGCUUGUUGCUGAAGAUGGCUGUACGUCACACGUCGACUUGUUCUCUCGGGUAACAGAGAACAGAGCCGACAGCGCUACAGUGGUCACACUGAUGGGAGAGGAAUAUGUAAUCCCACCACACACAGCCUUCCUGGUUUCUGAUUUCACAAGAAUACAGCCCCUAGUCCACUAUGGGAAAAGGUUUGACUUAAUAGUUAUGGAUCCGCCGUGGGUAAACAAGUCUGUGAAAAGGAGUGGCAGAUACAGUUCUCUGCCCUCAACCCAGCUCAGACGGCUGCCUAUACCCCUACUGGCCUCCCCGAACUGUUUAGUAGUCACCUGGGUGACAAACCGGCCCAGCCACCUGCGCUUUGUCCGUGAUGAGCUGUAUCCACACUGGGGGGUAGAAGUUUUGGCCGAAUGGAUGUGGGUCAAGGUGACCACAUCUGGACAGUUUGUGUUUCCUCUGGAUUCACAUCAUAAGAAGCCGUAUGAAGUGCUGGUGCUGGGCCGAUAUCGUCCCUCUGAAGAUAACGCCACAAGCUCUUCAGAGACGUGCGAGGUUCCCGUGGAGGCUCAGCGUUUGAUUGUCAGCGUCCCGUCAGCUCUCCACUCCCAGAAGCCUUCACUCUCAGAGGUGUUGAAGCCCUACAUUGGAGCUGAAGCAGAGUGCUUGGAGCUUUUUGCCCGAAGUCUUCAACCUGGAUGGACCAGCUGGGGCAACGAAGUGAUCAAAUUUCAGCACACAAGCUAUUUCUCCUUGAUGCCUGCCGAUAACGGAGCAGACGACAGACCCACAGCCACACCAGUGUUAAGCUCAUCUGGAGAAUCCUCUCACUGUCCCACCACUGUGGACCAAUGACUGACCUUCAACACGUGUCACAUCAGUAUUUGAGUGUGUUUUUUUUAAAAUAAAGAUCCAACACCAGAAUA